UAGUAAUACUCAAAUUGGAAAAAGAAAAUAUUUCUUUUUCCAUUGUCUCUCUAUAUAAAGGAGUUUUGAAGCUAAAUCUCCGACUGACAUCUGAUCUCUUUCUUUUUCUCUUCAUUUUUCAUUUGAUCUCCGAUGAUUUUGAUGGAUCAUCGAUCAUGGAAUGAAAGCUUGAGUGCGUAAAUAAAAAAAAACUAUAUCGUAAAGAUAUUACAAAGUUGAUCCAACACCAUGAAUUUCUGUUUUUCGAGAUUAAAUUGUUUCUCUUCUUCUUCUUCAUCAGAAACCUGUUCCGACGCUCAAGGUUCACAAACUGGAAACUUUCAUACUUUCUUGUAUGAUGAAUUGAAAAUCGCAACCGAUGAAUUUCGAUCUUCCAAUAAAAUUGGUGAAGGUGGAUUUGGUUCUGUCUAUAAGGGGAAACUAAAAGAUGGAAGAACAGUAGCUGUGAAGGUGUUGUCAGUAGAAUCAAAGCAAGGGGACAGGGAAUUCAUGUCUGAAAUAGCCUCAAUAUCAAAUAUUAGCCAUGUAAAUCUUGUUAAACUCCAUGGUGGGUGCAUUGAUGGACCCUCUAGGAUUCUUGUUUAUGAGUACAUGGAAAACAACAGCCUUGCUCAAAUCUUACUAGGAGGGGAGAAAAACAGAGCAAACCUCAGUUGGAAAUCAAGGAAAGAAAUUGCCCUAGGGAUUGCUCGGGCACUUUCAUAUAUUCACGAGGAGGUGAAGCCACAUAUUGUGCAUCGAGAUAUCAAACUUAGCAAUAUACUUUUGGAUCAAAAUUUCACUCCCAAAGUUUCAGAUUUUGGCCUCUCCAGGCUAUUUUCAGAGAAUAUCACUCACCUUAGUACUGGAGUUGCUGGAACAUUAGGUUAUCUUGCUCCUGAAUAUGCUUUAAGCGGACACUUGACACGAAAAUCAGAUGUUUAUAGUUUUGGAGUAUUACUUCUAGAAAUUAUGAGUGGGCGGACGGCGAUAGACUUUGAUGUAGAACAAGGAGAAUUCUUCCUUGUUGAGAAGGCAUGGGACAUGUACAAAUCAAACAAGCUGGUGCAGCUGGUGGAUCCAGUAUUGCUGCUAAAUGGGAGCAGCUUCUCGGUGCAAGAAGUGGUUCAAUUCCUCAAGGUGGGAUUGCUCUGCGUACAAGAGAAAUGUGGGCUUCGGCCUUACAUGUCGGAGGCGAUUAAGAUGAUGUGCAAUGAAAUCGACAUGGAUGAGUUGCAGAUGGCAAAUCCAGGGCUCAUCACCAAUAUCAUGGAUGUCAAAGUAGGAAAUAGACGUUCUUCAUCUUCAAGCUUUCCCAAAUUGUUAAGCCCUCAGUUACAUUCUAUAUAAAAAGUAGAAGAUCUUACUUUGA